GAAAGUAAAGUUGAAGUUUUCAUGGAUAAAGAGAAGGAUCAUGAAGCUGAGUGGCUUCAAGCCCAGAAGAUAGAGACAAGCGUUGACUUGUUAGCUGCAGCUAAGCAACAGCUUCAGUUCCUAGCAACUGUUGAUAGGAAUCGAUAUCUCUACGAAGGCCCUGCACUUGAUAGAGCCAUCUACAGGUACAAUGCUUGUUGGCUUCCUUUGCUUGCUCAAAACUCUUCUGAGUCAUCUGUUAGUGAAGGGUCUUUGGUUCCUCCUCUUGACUGUGAAUGGAUUUGGCAUUGUCACAGGCUUAAUCCGGUGAGGUAUAAGUCUGACUGCGAGCAGUUUUACGGGAGAGUCCUCGACAACUCCGGCGUUGUAUCUUCCGUUAAUGGAAACUGCAGAUCAAAAACUGAAGAUUUAUGGAGAAAGUUGUAUCCUGAGGAGCCUUAUGAGCUAGACUUGAAUAGGUUAGACUUCUCUGAGAAAACUUCAGCUCUUGAGAAAUGCACCAAGUAUGAUCUUGUUUUAGCUGUAAAGAGGCAAAGCCCAUUUUACCACCAGGUUUCAAGAUCCCAUGUAAGCAAUGACGUUUUUCUGCAAGAAGCUGUUGCUAGGUAUAAAGGGUUUCUCUACCUGAUAAAGAAGAACAGAGAAAGGUCCUUGAAACGGUUCUGCGUCCCGACUUACGAUGUUGACCUUAUCUGGCACACGCAUCAGCUUCAUCCUGUAUCUUACUGUAACGAUAUGGAGAAGCUCAUCGGUAAGGUCUUGGAGCAUGACGACACUGACUCUGACCGAGGCAAAGGUAAGAAGCUCGAUAACGGUUUCUCUAACACGACUGCUCAAUGGGAAGAAACGUUUGGUACGAGGUACUGGAAAGCCGGUGCGAUGUACCGAGGCAGUACACCUGCACCUGUCACAACUUCUCCUUUUGCUUCUGAUGUUUUGAGCAAAGAACCAAAUGAAAAAGAGGAAUCUCAGAACUUGAUCCAAUAUUCUCCAGAGGUGGAUGUUGUUGAGGUUCUCUUGGAGAUUAUUGAGGUUAGAAACUUACCAGAUGGACAUAAAGGAAAGCUCUCGGUUUUGAUCAGUAAAACACAGCCUGAUUCUCUUUUCCAUGCUGAACUUAAACUGACCAUUUUAUCCGAGUUUGGCGAGAAGCAAGUUGCUUCUUUCCAGUGUGAACCUACAGGAGAGCUUCGUUUCCAACUUAUUUCGUCUUCACCGUCUAAGAUACCAGUUUCGAGGGAGCCUAAAAAAAGCUUAGGCUUUGCUUCAUUGUCACUAUCUGAGUUUCUGUUUCCAGUGAUCACUCAACUCUCUGUUGAGAAGUGGUUGGAGUUAACACCUACUAAAGGUGUUCAAGCAGAUUCUAAACCCAUAAGCCUGCGAGUCGCUGUCUCGUUUACUCCACCUACACGCGGCCCAUCUGUUUACAACAUGGUUCAGUCGAGACCAUCGUGGAAAGGCUCUUGGCUUUUACCAAUCAUCAGAAAGUCUCGUCGUGCUAAGAGUUCAACACGCGUUGUUGAUGAAACCCAAGAAGAGGUGAUCACACUCCAAAUGAGUGAUAGAGGAGCAACACUUAAAGGUGAUGGCACUGCUCAAAGACAAGUGAUUGGUGUGUUAGACUCUGGUGAAACUCGUGUCCUCGCGGAGUAUAAUGGCAGCUUCUGGACUUUGUUGGACUCGAAAUGGUCACUCAAGCAAACGAAUGGCGAUAAACCAAUGUUUGAGCUUUUGGGAACUCGAGUGGUGAAGAUUUUCUCUGGGAGGAAGCUGGAUUAUGAACCAAAACACUGCGCAAACCGUAGAAUUGAUCAAGAAUUUAUGACCCUUGUGGAAUUCUCUAAGCAACAUCCAUAUGGAAAAGCUGUGGGAUUGUUAGAUUUGAAGUUUGGUUCCAUUGAGGCAAGUGCAAAAGAGAAUUGGAUGGUUUUACCAGGAAUCCUAUCAGCUUUCAUACUCAAUUCUGUUUCGAAGAACGGUGGCUUUAAUGCCACAACCAAAGUAAUGAAAGAGGAAAGCAAAAAGACUAAACUUGUUGUUUCUACGGUAGAAAACAAAGUGAAGGCAAACGCUACAAAUGGGGAGAGUCCAGCUGCUAUCAAAGCUCCUGAAAAAGGCGGCGGUGGAUGUGGCGGUGAAUGUGGAAACAUGGUGAAAGCAGCAAUCGCUAGCGGCUGCGGUAGUGGUUGUAGUGGGGAGUGCGGAGACAUGAUGAAAGUAGCAAACGCUAGCGGUUGCGGUAGUGGUUGUAGUGGUGAAUGUGGAGAUAUGAUGAAAGCAGCAGCAAACGCUAGCGGCUGCGGUAGUGGUUGUAGCGGUGAAUGUGGAGAUAUGAUGAAAGCAGCAGCACCAAACGCUAGCGGCUGCGGUAGUGGUUGUAGUGGUGAAUGUGGAGACAUGAUGAAAGCAGUAAGCUCUAGCGGUUGCGGUGGCGGUUGUAGUGGUGAAUGUGGAGAUAUGAUGAAAGCGGAAAAGGCUAGCGGUUGCGGCGGUGGUUGUAGCGGUGAGUGCGGAAACAUGGUGAAAGCAGCAUAA